AUGAGUUCGCCAAGCGAUAUCCAAGAACGUAUGGCAGCUGCAAGACAAGAAGCAGAGGCUUUGCGAGAUAAGAUUAAGAGUCGAAAGAGUACAUUGUGUGACACUACACUCAGUGACUACGCAAAACAACACAUGGAACGACUUCCUCGCCUGUCAAUGAAGAUUGGAAGAACGCUCAAAGGUCACCAGGCGAAGAUCUACGCCAUGCAGUGGGGAUUUAAUGAGAAUAGUCUUGUGUCAGCUUCGCAAGAUGGAAAACUACUUGUCUGGGAUUCAUACACUGGAAACAAGACACACAUCGUGCCUUUAAAGUCUUCGUGGGUCAUGACAUGCGCAUAUGGACCAUCCGGGGGUCUGGUUGCUUCUGGAGGAUUGGAUAAUAUAUGCUCAGUGUUUAAUAUAAGGUCUUCCGCAGAGACAAAUGGGAGUAUAAGUCGCCCUACACGAGAAUUAAUUGGACACACUGGGUAUCUCAGUUGCUGCCGGUUUCCAACUGAUAAUCAAAUUCUCACCUCUAGUGGAGACACUACCUGUAUAUUGUGGGAUAUUGAUUCUGGAAGGAAAUUACAGGAAUUUACGGAUCAUUCUGGAGAUGUGAUGAGUGUUUCAAUUUCACCAAACCCUUCAAUAUUCGUUUCCGGUGCAUGCGACACAACUGCCAGGAUCUGGGACAUUAGGGCCAAUAAGUGUGUUCAGGUUUUCAGUGGACAUGAAUCUGACAUCAAUGCGGUUCAGUUUUUCCCGGACGGAAACGCUAUCGGGUCAGGAUCGGACGAUGCGAGCUGUCGGCUAUUCGACAUGCGAGCUGACCGCGAAUUGAAUUUAUUCUCGCAUGAGCAGAUCUUUAGUGGAGUUACGUCCCUGGCAUUUUCAAAAUCAGGUAGACUCCUGUUUGGUGGCUAUGAUGAUUUCAAUUGCCACGUCUGGGAUACUAUGCGCGGGGAAAGAGUGGGAAUCUUGCGUGGACACGACAACCGAGUUUCUUGUCUUGGUGUGUCUAGCGAUGGUAGGGCAUUAUGUACAGGAAGUUGGGAUAGUUUCUUAAAGGUAAGUUGUCUACUUCUUCAUUUUUAA